AUGAUUGCGAUAGAGUCCGAACAACCGAUCAAAGAGGUGCCGAAGCCUGAGUCGACGGGCCCGCAAAAAACGCUGACGCGGUCGAGUGCCGUCAGCCAGAAGUCUGUGGAAAUCAUGGUGCAUCCAGAAGGCUCGAACAAUCCUCUACACAGGUCUAAACUCGCGCCUCAGCGCUCGACGUCCGAGAGUCAGUCUUCUGGUAAAAAGAUUCUAAAUCUUCGAAAGACGAAGAACUCUUCUUUAGAGUCGACGAUGAGUUUGCCGAAUCAGAAGAGUUUAGAGAAGAAACAUGGAAGUCUUCGGCAUCAGAAGUCGAUAGUGGCGCAUUCUGACAUAACGUUGAGUAGUCAGCCGUCGAUGUCAGACGAUCGGAAGGCGCUGAGAGAGGCGUUGUACCAGGGUAUCUUCCACAGGCACAGGCGGACAAUUUUCGCCGUUGGUUCCUUCCUGAGGAUGCUAAAAAGUAAAACAUCCAAUUAUGACUCUAUAAGGUCGGAUUCUGACGAGAUAUAGCACCAGUAGUGAUCGUAGACUAGUGAACAUUGGUGCCACGGACUGAUAGAACGCUUUUGUAACCAGAUUGGAGUUACUAAUGUUGAUAGGGUACUUUGUAAGAUUUUUAUUUUGUAUUAAAAUGUUCCUAAUUAUAUCUGUUGGUUUAUUGUGAUCCCGCUUGGAAUCGUUAGGAUUGUUGUUAAAGGAUGGUUUUCAUAAGAAUGUAUACAGUUAAGAUUUACAUAAUUUAAUUCGUUCAAUUGUGUAACGAAAAUUAGUCAUACAUUAUACGGGUAACUUUCGUUACACGAUUUAGGGUCAUUCUCAAGAAAUAUAUCCGCGUUCUAAUUGCCACCACCAUACAAUAUACAUGAAAAGAGUCGAGUUAAUUAGACCCGUCGCAGUCAUAUUCUCAGAGAAUGACGCUUUGACCCCCUAAUUGAACUAAAUUAAAAACGAAUGGUAACUCCGUAACUAAAGGCAUUCUUUUAAAAUUCAUCCUGAAACGGGUUUAUUUUGCUUAUAAUGGACUGAAUUUAUAUUUAGCCAAAAAAGCAGCCAUGGAACUCAUGGAACUAUGAGAACUGCAUGACGAAAGUUUGCAGUCGGAGGUGCUCCGAGAAGUUUGUUUUCUAAGAGAAUAUUGCACAAGGGAAAAUUCUGUUGAAACUUUAAAGUAACAUUACCUACUUACGACAGCAGUGUUCGUCAGAAACAACAAAGAACUAACUUAAAUACUUAAAACUUAAUGUUCUCACCACGUUCUCACCUUGCAAAGAAAACAUAAUGCUCUACAUACAUUUUCCUUCGGCAAAACAUCGACUUAAAAACAUAAUAAUAUAUUAUUGUAGUCUAAUGUGUAUUGUAGUAAGAAUGUGGACAAUCAAAAGCUACUCAAGCACAAACGGAAUAACGGUAAGGACCUCAUUAUUUUAUUGAAUAUACAAUGCAAAGACUUAUUAAUAUUGUACUUGAAUUUGAAUACUGGCUUCAUUAUAGCAACAAGUACUCAGUAUACAUAUCUGUGUACAGUCAUCUGCAAUAACAUGUUACACAACGAAGACCGUAAAAAUAUUUGAGACGAUCUUAUUUGCAGAGUCAUUUAGAGCGUGUCACAUAUUUUUGCGGCCUCCGAAGAGGAACAUAUUAUUGCAGGUGACUGUACUCAGCAAUAUUCAAGUUAGUCUCAAAAUUUUUACUUACUUUAAGUAUAAUAUUUUCGUCUUAUCCGUAUUUCCUAAUUCCUUUGUUUCCCUAACUUUUAACACCGUCACAACUUGACAUUGGCUAACGUUCCAAAAGCCAUAAUAGAAGAAAAGAAAAACGUCCUGAACUGUAAAUUUUGUUACUUACAUGACAUAAUAUAGCAAUCCUUGACAUUUUUGCUGAAAAACAAAACAAAAAAUACUUACAUACACAGCAAUGACAAUGACAGCUCGCAUGCGUGGCACACGCAAUCCGCAAAAAUGCAAAAACUUGACAUGUCACAUCAUGUCACGUCACUAGCACGCGACUGUCACAUGUCCACACAUGAAUCUCGAUGGUACAGUCAUCAAGGACGGGUACACGCAAAUAUGUCGUUAGCAAAACCUUGGUGGGUAUACUGAGUACAGUCGCCAUCAGAUAUAUCGGAGCGGCCAAGGUGUUCACAAUAUCUGAACAUGCACUCUAACGCCUUGACAAUAGAGGCGUGCUCAGAUAUUUGUGAGCACCUUGGCCGCUCCGAUAUAUAUGAUGGCGACUGUACAAGAAAAAUUGUCCGAUUCGAACUUUGAUACGUCAAUUAAUAGAUCUAGACACGAUAUGGAUUAGAUGUGUCAGUGUUUAAGGUGACAUUUUUGUUUUAAGAAACGUCACAUUUUACACUGACAUAUCUAAUCAAUAUCGUUUCUAGAUCUAUUGAUUGGCGUAUCUUAAAGUUAAAGUUAAAGAACUGCUUGAAAAUAUAAACGAAAAUCAAAUUCAAAUUUAAAAUUCGAAAAUUUUGGUAUUUAAAGAACUUUUGGUCUCUAUUGUUUCCCAAAUAGUUUUAAGUCAUAAUGUAUUGUUUAUCCAAAUUUUCGUUAGUCAUAAUUGCUUUUCAGGAUCGCCAUAAAACAAACCUAACCUAACCUAUCUACAGAAUAACCUUACGAAAAUCCUGAAAAGUUAAGUUAGUUAAGUUAGGUUUCAGUUUUAUGAUAAAUGAUAAUAUGACAAACAAUACAUUAUGACUUAUGACUUAAAACUUUAUGGGAAACAAAGGGACCCCCUUUAUAAUAGGUACCUAUUAAAAAGGACUGUCAUUUGUCAACAAUUGGGCUCCAUUGUGUUACAAAAAGUAUUCAUGUACCUAAAUGACUAGUUUUCGUAACAAAGUAGUUUUUAAAAUUAUUGAAUAAUUGAGACCUUAUUGUGUAUAAAAAAUAAGUAUGGUUUCUUAUUAUCUUUUUUGCUUUGGUAAAUGUAGGCCGAGUGAUACAAUAAUAUAAUUAAAUCUGGGGGCACGGCAGUGCCCCCGCCAAGUCGAGCAAAACAGCACGGCCGUACCAUCCUUUUCCCGAAGCGAUCAUAUUUUUUUUCAAGCAAAAACAUACUGUGUCCUCAUUCAAUAAGAUUACAAAUCAAUUGGCAAAAGUUCAAUUUUUACUGCUUAUUUUCAGUUUUGCGAAAAACACUUUGGGCCCGAUUCGGAUUUUGAAAGAUGUCUAAUCUUUUAGACAUCACCAAGAUACGAUAACGAUAUGUUUAACAUCUAACCUGUCAAAUUUGACAUUUGCGCGAUUCUGGAGAUACUCUUGAACGAUUUCCACAGGAUAUGACUUAGAAAUCCAAUUCACAUCUAAUAUAUAUCUUACUCUAUCUAACGUAAAAGUGAGAUUGGUUGCCCGAAUUGCGCUGCAAAAGAUAACUAGUUGAUAUCUAUAAAUAAAUAAAUAAAUAAAUAAAUAUUAUAGGACAUUCUUACACAGAUUGACUAAGUCCCACAGUAAGCUCAAAAAGGCUUGUGUUGUGGGUACUCAGACAACGAUAUAUAUAUAAUAUACAAAUACUUAAAUACAUAGAAAACACCCAUGACUCAGGAACAAAUAUCUGUAUCAUCAUACAAAUAAAUGCCCUUACUGGGAUUCGAACCCAGGACCAUCGGCUUCGCAGGCAGGGUCACUACCCACUAGGCCAGACCGGUCGUCAAAACUAAACAAAUCAAAUCUAAACUAUAACGUAUCUAGAAUGGAUCUAGUACGUGUCGUCUCUUGUGAAUAUCUUGAAGUUCGAAUACGGCAGUUUGGCGGUUUAAUAAUUAAGGGUGAAAGGUGAAAUAUUGCCCUUGACACGCGACGGGAAGUGGGUUCGACGUUAACACUUCAUUUGCGAAGUUAGUUUUGGUUUAUUGGGGCUAUGGAGAACGAAAAUUGGUUCAACUAGGUAAACUUUUUAAACUUUUAACAUUCUUUUGGGUUACGUUAAUCGUUUCUAUAAAGGAAUUCUUAAUGUGGAAUUUCUGAGACUUAGGUCCGAAAUAUCAAUGACAUUUACCAAUCGCUUUUAAAUGGUAAACAUCGUAAGGAAAUCGGACUAAUCCCAAUAAGGUCUAGUUUACCCUAAAGGAUGAGAAUAAUUUUGUAAUUAUUAAAGUAAAAUAAACAUUAACUGUAUAAAAGUACUAUUGCUAGGAAAUUUUUAAAGAAAAAUCACCGCAACAAAAACUAAAUCAGAUUUAUACAGAAUACGUAUUAACUCACAUUAUAGACGGGUCUAACGCGAAUUAUAUUCAAUUACCUUGAUUUACCGACGUUUCGACACAGGUUUCACUGGUCGUGGUCGCGGCUGACUGAUGUCCCAGCAAAAUGUCAAAACAGAGAUUUGUGCAACUACCCGAUGAAAAGACCCGUCUAUAAUUAAUGUGAGUUAAUAUGUGUUCAAAACGCGAAAGUUUAGAAUACAUAUGUUUUGUAUUCUUUACUAACGUGAAUUACCCCAAAUUAUUUUUUAUUUGCGUCAAUAGUUUUUAACAAACGGAGGAUUUUGUCGUAGCGACAUAAACCCUGCUACGGGCUACGGCGUAGCACUCGUAGCGUAGCUAUUGUUACAGAAAAUAUGUAUGAAAACUAAGUAAUUAAGAUAAACCUUUUUCAAAAGAAAAGUAUCAAUAUUAUACAAAGCUGACUGAAACCAUAAACGCCUCACAGGAUUUAAAACAUGAGGUUAUAUUUAAGACUCAUUUAUAAUUUGAUACUUUUUACAUUAUAAGUACAGUCGCCAUCAAAUAUAUCGGAGCUGCCGAGGUGGUCAAAAAUAUCUGAACACGCACUCUAUCGCCUUGAAAAUAGAGGCGUGUUCAGAUAUUUGUGAGCACCUUGGCCGCUCCGAUAUAUCUGAUGGCGACUGUACUAGACAUAUAACACACUUAUGACUAAAUCCUAAUAUUUUUAUAGUUCAGACCUUAAGUGAUCGUAAAAUUGUAUAUAAUUUAAUUGUUUCUCUUAUGUAACGAGCGAUAAUUAUAAUUAGUCAUAAUUUGAUUUAGGCAUCUUUCGUUAUGCAAUGGAUUAAUUAAAUUAUGAAAUUUGUAACCAAAGGAAUGUCCCACAUUAAGUACAAUUUGUAAUGCAGGACUUAUUAAGGAUAGAUGAAAUAAAGUAUUACAAAUAGAAACUACGAAUAAACAACUCUCAAGGGCAAUCCCAUACCAAACGUGGUUAGAUCAUCGUUGGAAAUAUUUAAUUGGUAAUGGGCCCAAUUCGGAUUUUGAAAUAGACAUCUAUUAGAUAUCUUUUAGACAUCACCAAGAUACGAUAACGAUAUGUUUAAGAUCUAACCUGUCAAUUUUGACAUUUGCGCGAUUCUGGAGAUACUCUUGAAUGAUUUCCACAGGAUAUGACUUUGAGAUCCAAUUCACAUCUAAUAGAUGCUCUAUUUAACGUAAAAGUGACAUUGGUGGUCCGAAUUGCGCUGCAAAAGAGAACUAGUUGAUAUCUAAACUAUAACGUACCUAGAAUGGAUCUAGUACGUGUCGUCUCUUGUGAAUAUCUUGAAGUUCGAAUACGGCAGUUAAUUGGUAAUGUUACAUUAAAGUUUCACGAUCACGUAAUAGGUAUAAAUAAGAUUGGUACUGUCGGCAGCAGAUGUGGCUAGAAUUAUUUGUGCAAAAAAAUCUAUAUUCACCCUUAUUGCUAAGUUACUAAGGGUUUUGAUUUUGAUGCCCAGAAAUACCUUUGCUGCUGAUUGUAUUGAUUUUGAUUACAGCUGUGUAAAAGUUGCAGAAAGUUACCGAAAAUUUGGAAAAUUUCAUAAAAAAAUCACAAGAAAUAAAUAAAAUGGAAAGUCUCAUUUCCUAUUCAUAAUUAUGAGAAGUUUCCGAAGAUUUGAUAUGGAAAUUUGGCAAAUUUUGGGAAAUCUUUCCAACGGCACACUAUAUUGAAAACGAAUUCCGUCAUGCUGGUUGUUUAACUUUAAAAAAAACUAUAGUUACAUUAAAUGCACCUCCGAUUUUCAAAUAAAAAAAAAGGUUUUUGAAUGUUUUUGAUGUAGUAUACAUACGUAUAUAAAGCUGUUAUGUAUACAUGCAAUAUUUGGUAUGGUUAUACAAUUCCUUUAGGAAAGUGAUGCUUCGAAAAAUCGAAUAGUGAGCUUAAGUAGAUGACAUUUUAAUUGAUUUGCUGAUUACUUUGUGUCCUUGCAUUUAAGCAAAUAAUUUGCGUAGAACAUUCGCCAAUUGGGUAAAGUUAAAAAUGUUAUACUUAAGAUUUUAAUUCAGUCAGAAAAACUGUAACGAAAAUUAUAAUAUGACUUUUCGUAACACAAAGGAGUCAUUUAAUUUGUAAUAGGCGAAUUAAAGCUUUAUGUAAGUACCUUUUUAUCUUAGUCAAAGUAAUUUAGGUCAAUGUUCUUCGUUAAUACGUAAACUAUAAAUGCGUGGACACGAUUUUACAUGAAAGUAGUUUUUUUGAAAACAAUGUAAUCAAUAAGGUUGAAGUUAUAGUCCGCGCAUUAUACCAUCUUGCACUUUUAUCUCUGGGGAUGCCUCCUUGUAUGAUGGUGUCUUGUAACAAACUAAAUCUAGGGAAACCACAUGGGGGCUAGUCAAGGUGACAAUCGUACAUCGACAAACGCCAAACGUAAAUAAUAAAUAUACGCGGGAUGACAGAUACUACCAAAAAUCACGUGACUUUGUCCAUACGUUACGGCUCGGCCACGACAUUGAGCGACUUGCGACGGCGGCAGCGGUAACCAUAGGUUGAAGCGAGACACAGAGAUCGGACCUUUCGUUCACACCUAUGGUUGUCGCUGCCGCCGGCGCAAGUCGCUCAAUGCCGUGGCCGAGCCGUUACUUUAGUUUCGAUUGGCAUUUUCUAUCAACUAUUGCCAUCUUAGCUAAGCCCCAAGAGGGGAAAAGUGCUGAUUACAGAUGUAGUGCAUAAUUAUUUUCCAUCGCAUUUGCAUGGAGACGUGCGAACGUGCAUCUUGCUAUUUCAGUUUCGGCAGGGGUGCGAAACUCCUGACUUCGGUCAAACUCGGCUCCGCUCGGCUCAGCAUUGCUCCGAGCAAUUAUUAGGGUUGGCACCACUUGACUUCCUUUUGCGUGCACGACCACAGAUAAGAUAAUCACUUGAUGUUUGACAACCCUAAAUAGCCGAAAGGGACAGUGCCAUAUAUUAGAAAGGGACAGCAUGAUUCGACCCUGAACCGCUGUCAAACUUCGUUUUUGUGGGAAGUUUCCUUUCUGUGCAGUAGUACUAUUAAUUAUUCUGUGGUUUCGGUACAAAAAGUACUGACGUUGAAUGACGUAACAUGACAAAUACGAACGUUCCCGAGAAAAUACGAUGGAAAACAAUUACUUCUGUACUUUAAUUAUUUAAUGACUACUUUUGUGUAAAAUGUAAUGAUAAAUGUAGAUAAGUAGGCUGAGCAAUGGAUUAUUGAGACACGUUUUGGAACAUUUUAUGCACUUUUUAUAUAUUUGUACAUCCAAAGGUUAUUAUAAAACGUGCUGUUGUGACGUAGAUACUAAAUAACCCAUUUUAUGUAUAAAAUAUAUGAAACAUGAGCUUCGUAAUAUUAUUGUAUAGAUAGCUUUUUAUAACAAUAGUUAUUUAGGUUUUAUUUUAAAACGUUACUUUAAUUUUAUAAGCGUUUAAAUUUUUAGUCAGCUAUUUUGGUCAUAAAAUGUCAGAGCCAUUGUUAAAAUAGGAAAUCUAAGGAAAAAGUACGAAUUUCACUAUAGAAACUGGGAAUAAAUGUCAUGUAAAUGUUUGCAGGUUAAAGAUUACUUAAAUUACACUUGUUAUAUUACCUACUUAAAACUCAUACAAUCACUGUAUAUUUUUUCAUAUCACAUAUGUUUUUUAUUUUGCUUUAAAAUUUUUGGCCACAUUUGAAAUAAGUAUAUUGUGUUCAUUAUUUUUUUUGUUACACACUAGAAAUUAUAUACGUACUAAAGUAUAAUAAACAAAAAAAUAUUUCUUCAAAAAUUCCGUUAAUUCCUUUGUGUGCCUCGUAAAAAUAGUUCACUAAGGGCCAUUCACUAACCCGGGGUUAACCGGUUAAACCUGGAGUUACCAUGGUUGCCACUUUGACACUAGGUUAACGGUUUAACCGGUUAACACCGUGUUAGAGAGAUGGUGCAAGUGGCACUAAUUCAACUACGUGUAAUCUAAGUGCUUUUUGUACGGUUUUUUUGAAACCAACCUACAUAUUAUCUUUAUUUUAAUUUUAAAGUUUUCUUUAAGCGCAUUAACUUACACUCGUUAUCUGUACAAAAUUAAUGCAUGGUAUAAUUUAUGAUCAAUAGGGAUGUUUACAAAAACAACAUAACUGCUUAAGGAGCCCACUCAUUAACAGUCCGCCGGACGAUAUCGGCCUGUCAGUUGUUCGGAGCUGUCAACAUUUUGUUCUAACUGACAGGCCGAUACCGUCCGGCGGACUGUUAAUCAGUGGGCCCUUUUAGAGCGGUUGACACUUUUUUAAGAACAUUGUUAAUCGUUUCAGGUGUCAACCAGCGUAGUCAGUUAUGUUGUUUUUGUAAACAUCCCUUCUAUUUAAUAACCACAAUUAAAUUAAGUUCUUGUUGUUGAAUGUAAAAAGUAUGACGCAUUGGAAAACUUUGUUGACUCCUAAUUUUGGUAGGUGCACCCUGCAUUGGGGUAAAUGCGAAGGCGGGGUAGUUUCGAAACUGGCAAAUACUAAACUAGAAACACUUUCUACUGUUGCAACAGUACGCAUGAUGCCGUAAGCGUUGCAGCGGCGUAAUUGUUGCUAAAGUAUGAUGUUUCUAGUUUAGUAGAUAUUUGUCAGUUUCGGAACUAAGUACCCCGCCUUCGCAAUUACUCCAAUGCACCCUAUACCAAACCAAACGUUUUAUUACACUAUUGUUAGUCAUUUACUUAUUUGAUGGCACUAUUCUUAAUAAACGAUUGUAUUCGUUAUAUUAAAACUUUGUUAUUUGUUAAUUAAUUUAAAAUAAUAAUCAUAAUUAAGAUAUUAUUUUGUAAGCAAUAUUAUUGUAAACUCGUUAUGUUUAUUAAUUUGAAUAGUAUUUAUGUUGACGUUAUUUUUUAUAAGAAUUAAAAUCAUAAACCCUACGAGAGGGAUAAUUGUUUUAAUUAUAAGUGAAUUUUCUAAGAAUAUAAUAAUCUUCUGUUUAAUAAUAUAAAAUAAAUACAUUCCUAUUGUUUUUUGUACAAAUAAAAUAUAUAUUUGAUGAAAAAAGACUGCGAAAGUUUAAAAUAGCUGACGACAAUUUUAUAUGUUUCGUGAAAUAAACUAUGUUUCUUAGUACUGGCAA